ACAUUCAAUGCCCCAUAAUGCAUUGCAGCCAGAUAGAAAUCCAAAAUGGCGGCAAAUUCAGCUCGAAAUACUUUGCUGUGGUUGAGAGAAAACUACCACGCGAAUGUACGUCAGGGCUGGCUUGAUGAAUGCAUAGACUUCAUCAAAAGAACAAAUAGUGGUCGUUCUAUUACUCAGCACCAGUUAAAUCAGCUGGUAUAUGACAAAUUCUUAUUAGCUGACUUACAAGAAAUUGGUGAGGCAAGUUUACCCCAAAUCAAGGAUGAGGUUAUGAUGGUAGAAGGAACUUAUUGCUUGCAGAUUAAUUCUGUUAUAAAUGUUGGACAAUCAGCGUAUUCACAAAUCAUGAAAAUUAAAGGAAAAGAUGACCCUGAAAGCCAUUUGGACAAGAAACAUACCAAUUGGGAACCAAAGGUGAAGGCAAGUCGGAUGUUGUUUUUUCAGCUUUCUGAUGGUGGGCAGCAAAUUCAGGCGAUGGAAUAUCAGCCAAUACCUACCUUGCAGGCAUUGACACCUCCUGGAACCAAAGUUAUCAUCCAAGGGCCGAUUGCCUGUAGGCUGGGCGUGUUACUUCUGACCAGACAAUGUCUUGUACGCAUUUUGGGUGGAUCCACAGAAAGCCUAGUGGAGACCAACUCAACAUGGAAUUUACUUCACAGCAGCAUAGGGCAAGAACCGCCAGAACCUCCAGCAGUUGUACAAAUACUUGAAGAUGAGGCAGAGAGCUCAUCUUCCAAACCAUUAAACAAGAACACUCAAAAUGUGUCUAUGCAGUCAUCAACAAGAAACACCUUUUGUAAAAGUACUGCAAGAAGUUGUCAGAAUUUCUUUGAAAACAAACAUCAAAUGAUCACACCUGGUGUAGACUCUAGUAUUCGUGCAAACCUUAGAGUUACUGGAAAAAUUCCAGGAAAUGAAAGGGUGAAUAAUAACUGGCCAAACACAAGGACAUCUAUUGGAAAAAGUAAACUGCAGACAACACACUGCAAAAGCCUUCAGAGAUGCGAUUCCUGGGGAGAAAGAACUGAUUAUUUUGAUGAUGAUGAUAAUGAGUUAUUAGACGAGGACCUAUUUUCUGAUGACAUAGAAGAGAAUUUGGAUUUUGAUCAAUUGGAUCAACUUGAGAAAGGAGCUCUACCAAUAAGGAAUUCUGCAUCAGAGAACAUUGCAAGUCUUCACCUUCAAGAACUUCAGGAUGUGUUUGAGAAUAUUGAUGAUCAAGAUUUGGAUGAUUUCGAAUUAGAUAAUACAAAUAAUGGAAGCAUUAUACUGUGUGAGAAAACCAUUAAGAGAAAAGAAGAUAAUUCAAGAGUUUGUAGCUUUGGAGUGGACACUGGAAUUACUGAUUAUUCAUCGAAGGGAAAAUUCCCUAUGAAACAAAGGGUUAAUACGGAAGAUGAAAUUUCUGAGCAGGUCUGUAAAAAGCAAAGGCAAGCUUAUGCCCCCCCUUUUGGAAACAGUAUCAAUCCAAAAUCAGAAAAACAUCCAACUUUUGGAAAAGAUAGACAAGGGGUGUUGGAAGGUAUGGAGGUGAUUGAUGUUGAUCAUCCUGUAAUAAAACCCAAUGAUCAAAUAACAAAACUGGACAAGAUGGAAAGUAUGGGACGUUCUUAUUCACUUGAGUCUCUGCCAUUUACCUAUCUCAAGACUGUGGAGCAGCAUCUGCCAUUUCAGGAGGAUAUCACCAUCAGGAUAAAGGCUUAUGUCUCCACCCUUGUAAACCAUUCCCAAACACCAGGAACUGGUUGGUGCGUCACUGUCAAGGUGAAUGAUGGGACAGCAGCGAUGGACAUGGAUCUGGGAGCUGAGGUACUGACAGAGCUUCUUCAGAUGCCCGUUGAGAGUUUUCAGAACCUGAUGCAGGAAGCGAAAAAAUCACCAGACACUGAACUUCGACGCUCGCUACAACAGCACACGGAGCAAUUCCAGAGGAACCUGAGCAUGGUCACGUGUUUAAUGGACGUAUCAUUUGUAUGCACUCGCCCCAGGCCUGUACUAAUCCGACUGCGUCAGCCCUCACGUGAUGAUGUCAAGAUGCUCAUGUCCAGGAUUAGAACCACGUGAUACCACUCAUUUCCCCGAUAAGAAUCACGUGACACUGCUCGUUUUAUUCUUUUGAUCUGAUCUGGAAUUCUUUUUUUUUUUCAGUCGAAUAAUUAGGAUUUAGAGACUGGCGGUGCCCAGUCAUGAAUAUUUUUCAAUAUGAAAAGACCGCCUUUUGGUGGGGUAAGAGUGUGUUGGUGUGGUAGGGGGUACAUGUGGUCCCUAACCCCACCCCUAACCACGCCUCUACCCCUGUAAUGCAAAUGUGCACUGAAGGAUAAGUGCACUGAAUGGGUCCUGGCGAGUACGCCUUUUUUCCGUGUGAGAGUCGACCAUUUUGGGUUUUACUCAAGCAAAAAAAGCUUGAUACUCUUGACGAGUAUCGAAUUAGUUGAGAAAUAUUUGCUUGAGCAAUGGAGCACAGGUGAAUAGAGCCCUUGUUGUCUCAAUUCUCUGUGCGACAUGGUUGCAACAAUGAAGACAGGAAUUUGUCAUGUCAGGAACGAGAUUAUUAAAAGCCGCAUUGUCACCGCCUCGUACCCAGGCGUCUCAAGUCUUUAAAAA